AUGGAUCGCAUCACUAGCACUGCUGUAAAAGAAAGGUGCCGUUGGGCUUCCUCUAUUUUCCAUGUGCGAUCGAAACACGGGGAUCUUUGGCCAGCUGAGGGAGGCAUAGAUGCUAAGACACUGGAGCCUCCAAGAAAGGGCCCCCGUUACAAUUUAUUCCAGCUAAAGACCCAGCAGCCCACAAGAUUAUCGCCAUAUACUGGACCAGCAGCAGUUAGCUCUCGGCGGUUUUUUGGAGUUGGAGGCAGCUACGGGUAUGGGGCCUUCUUCAGGGGAGAGGCGGAUGCUGCAGCACAGAGCAACGUGAGGCGCCAGAGACUGAAGGAUGAGGAGACCCACUACACGGGUCCCAUGACACUUAAAAUGCCUGAGAUGGUCGCAGCACUGGUUGCUGAGGGAGCCUUGCGCAGCCCCUUGAAGCGACCUGGGGUUUAUGUGUACCAUCACCACGUUCCACAAAGCCCGCAGAAGUCCCUGGUGUAUUUCUCUGCAACCACGCAGCAGGCUGGAGCUCCCGCUGCUGCUGCUGCAACUUCCAUGCUACAACAGCGGGAAAGGGGCGUGGCAGCCCAGCUCAUUCUUGACGGCAGGGGUGUCAAGGCCUAUUUUGACCCAGAGUGGCCAGACCUGAUGGUCAGGCUUGGAGUUGGCGUGAAGCCGUUGGCUCUGCGGCGGUUGGCGGAACAGUAUGCCACAAGAGCGCGAAUUUUCAUUGACAAGCGAGGUUUACUGCUGACUAUUCACGGGUGGGACAAGCGAGCCGUGGGGACCCUCACAAUGGAACUUUACCGCCAUCUCAAAGCAAACCCAUAUACUGGAAAGGGGGCUCGCAUAGCCUUCUAUCCCGUCAACAGGAAGGUUUCAACCAAAAAGUGA